GCUGCUCUGUCGACUACAGUAUCACUGCGUCCUAUCCGCUUCCGCUGGUUGAAAGGACUUGUGUGGCAGAUUCGACAGAAAUUUCUAUACGCUGGAGUAAUGGAUGGACAAAAAGCAGCUGGUUCUGUGUUUAUGUGUCGGCUGUGCAACCUCUUCACUCCCAGUCGCUCUCAGCUUCUGGCCCAUUGCUCCCAGCGGCACCCCCAGCAGGAGCCUCCUGAUGACAUCAUCAUUGAACUGCAGCCUCUUGAAGGAGAGCCUGUGGAGAUGCUGGCAGAGAGGCCAGUGAAGCGGAAACGAGGACGACCGAAAGGCUCUACGAAGAAGAUGCGCACAGAUUUGAAGACUGACUCCACCCGUUCUCCAGAGGAUAAUGUUCAAAGAGAAGAAGAAGGGAAUAAGGAGGAGGGAGAAAGACGAUGUUGCGAAAUAGAAGGCGAAAGCCAUGACGGGAUAUUGGGUCUGGAAUGUAGAGACUGUCAUCGCUCGUUUAGCAACAGACGACAGAUCCUCAAACACAUCUGCCUGAGAGAAGAGGAAGAGGAGGAGGACGAAGAGGAGAAUGGGAGCAUCUGUGGUGGAGCAGGCAUUGAAGGUUCUGGGAGUUUGGAUCCUGGGGCAGCAGAUCCACACAAGACUCAACAAAACUCAGCAAGACCAGGACUCAGGAGAGAAAAGGACAUGGGCAGCUUAAGAACCCCGAGAACUAAUCGAAGCUGCAUCUCCAAAGAAAGAGGCCUAGCAACAGUAAACAAAAAGUCGGUCAUCAGUGUUGUUCUGACAGAAGAUAAAACACUUCCAGGUGUCUCUAAAAUGGUUCCAGUAGAGGACAGUUCAGCGGAAACAGAGUCUGCAGCCAUCCAAUCUCAACCUCAGUCUGCAGUCUUCCAGAGUCAGUCACAAGACCUUGCAAGUGAAGCCACUGCCUGCGAAGGUAACCCUAAAACAGAUCAGGAGCCGAGUUCUGACCCGACCUCCACAACAACAACAACAACAACAGCAGCAGCAGCAGCAGCAGCAGCCAGCAGAGGCUUUCAGGAAUAUUCUAUCAAGCAAGAUGCUACCAAUUUACUUCAGAGCCAGUUGAAGAUCUUUACCUGUGAGUUCUGUAAUAAGAUCUUUAAAUUCAGACACUCACUGAUCGCCCACCUCAGGACACACACCCAGGAGAAACCGUUCCAGUGUCCACACUGUGACUACGCAUCAGCCAUCAAAGCCAACCUGAAUGUUCACCUGAGGAAGCACACAGGAGAAAAGUUCAGCUGUCAGCACUGUCCUUUCAACUGCCUCAGCCCAGGACACCUCAAGGUCCACAUAGAGCGAGUCCAUUUGAAGGUGAAGCAGCACUGCAGCUUCUGUGAGAAAAAAUACUCAGAUGUAAAGAACUUGCUGAAACACAUGGAGAAACGACAUAACCUGAAAGACCCUGCUGUCCACCAGAGUUACCAACAACUCAGGUUAAAGACUCGUCAGGGCCUCAGACAGCUCCUCUACCACUGUCCUACCUGUAACCGGCGCUUUAAGAACCAGCUCGAGCGGGAGCGCCACCUGUUGGUCCACGGUCCCCAGCGUCCGUUCGCCUGCCUCCUCUGUGACCAUGCUGCAACCAAGAUGGCCGCCCUCACUGCUCACGUCAGGAAGCACCUCUUCCUGUACGUGUGCUGUGUGUGUGACGGGAAGUUUGUCAGCUCUCAGAGACUGAAGAGUCACCUGAAAGAGUCUCACCCUGAGCUGGACCAGGAGCAGGCCUUCACCGACUGUAUCAAUAACAGCUACUAUCUGAUACAGCCUGGAGGAGGCAUGUGGGGGGACGAGGAGAGGGAAGAUACAGAGGAAGGGAUGAAGGAAGAGCACAGGAUAGAGAAGGAGGGUGAAGACGAGAGGACGAUAGAGGAGGGUAGACGAAAUGGUGUAGGAGAGGAGGAGUGGCGAGAAGGGGAAGGGGAGCAGCUGAGAGUAGCAGCGAGCGAAGAUAGGGUGCAGGAGAAGGAGGAAGAACGAGCUAAUUCUCUGGGUGAAAGUGCAGAAGAAGUGCAGGUGAUAGAAGGAGAGACAGGGAAAGAAUUAGAAAACGGAGGUGCACAGCAAGGUUCCCAAGAACUGCUCCAUCAAGCGAUUUCUAUGGAAACCACACCUCCCCCUGAAAGACAGGAUGAAGCAACAGCUGUGGAGAAGUCGCAGGACAACGUGGCAGACUCAUGCAACCCUGCAGCUGAAAUUGUGCACAGACAUGAAGACAGUGCACAGACUUUUUUGUCACCAGAGAGCAUUCACACCCCUCUCUUGGAGGGCAGCACUGAAGAAGGCACACCCCCAGCUGAUGAGAACACACAUGCUGCCAAAAACACACACACAUCUUUGUCAUCAGCUCCUCCAAGGGAAGAUAGACAAACUCCACAAUCAGAAAAGGUGUCGGAGGUUUUCCAUCAGAGUGCAUUUCAGCAGGUGUUCUCGUCUCUUCGGAAGACUCGGCUUAAUAUGGAGUCUUUCCAGCGGCUCAGGAAAAUGUAUGGAGAUCUGGAAUGUCAAUACUGUGGUAAACUGUUCUGGUACAAAGUCCACUAUAACGUCCAUGUACGCACACACACCAAGGAGCACUCGCAUUACUGUUCAAAGUGUAGCUACUCGUCCAUCACCAAAAGCUCUUUAAAGCGGCACCAGAUCCAGAAGCACAGUGGCUUGCUUCUGCCUUGUUCGAAUCCCGGCUGUAAAUACACCACACCAGACAAAUACAAGCUUCAAGCCCAUUUGAGGACGCACCAGCAACAGGGGAAGAGUGUGACUUGUCCUGUCUGCCAGCACAGCUAUCCAGAGCACAGACUAAAACACCACAUCAAAACAGCCCACCCUGACACACCACCUGUGCAGGGUAAAGGACUGAUGGUGCAGCGCGCAGAGAAGUGCCCCUACUGUGACUCCUACUUCCUAAAGAACAGCAGUGACUUUCAACGGCACAUCUGGGCCCACCAAGGUUUGAAGCCAUACGUCUGCAGUGUUUGUGACUAUGCAGGCCGCAGUAGGAGUAACUUGAAGACUCAUAUGAACCGACACAACACAGAGAGACAUCACCUGUGUGAUCUGUGUGGUAAAAAGUUCAAAUCUAAAGUCACGCUGAAAAGCCACAGACUGAGCCACACAGAUGAAGGGAAACGGUUUCAAUGUUCAGAGUGCGACUUCACCUCGGUCUCUAAACCUUCUUUACUCAGACACAUGGAACAACAUGCUGAGUUUAAGCCAUUUCGCUGUGCUCACUGCCACUACUCCUGUAACAUUGCUGGUCCCCUGAAGCGACACUACAACAUGAAACACCCAGAUCAGAAAUAUCAGAAUGCCGGACCUGGACUGCCUAACCCUGAUGCUCUGGAACAGCAAGGUGGUAUGAAAUGUCCUGAAUGUGAAUUUGUUUAUGGCACCAAGUGGGAGCUAAACCGCCACCUAAAGAGCAAACACAGCCUGAAAGUGGUAGAAGGCACCUGGGAGGUGGGGGAGGCAGUAGAUGCCCAGUAUGUUCCCGUGGAGAAUGAAGAGCAGCUGACAGAAGCACCUGUAACAGCCCUGCAGGACGACGUUAAUAUCCAGCAGAUCACUGAAUUCAGUUCAGAGACUCACGACGCUGUUACCUCCAUGGUCGCCAUGGCUCCUGGCACUGUUACCGUCGUACAACAGUUGCAGGUGGCUGAUGAGCAGGAAGUCGGUAACUGCAGCAACCAGCUGAUGGUGGUGAACGCAGAGGGGGGUCUAACUGGUAACCAGGUGAUGGUGGUGGAGGACGCACAUGCCCUGGAGGCUCUGACAGUCCUCACUCAGGGAGAAAACACUCACCACUAUAUCGUCUACGUCCAGGAACACACUGUAGAAAUACACUAGUAAUGCUAGCGUUUCAACGCAAGACUGCUGAUCCAUCAGUUUUGAGGGGAUCAGUGAGUAUCACUGGAACAGUUUACAAAACUGAAGUAACAUAAAAUGUACCAAUAAGCAAUACAUUCAGGAUUUAGUGAAUGUUUCCCUGUCAUCAUGAAUAAUUUACAUCAUUAAGAUUGAUUUUUCAGUUCCUUGGUAAUUAUGAAAACAAUAAGCGCAAUAACUACGGUUGUGCGGCUCUGCGACAUAUUUUGUAUUUACAAAGUAUAUUAAAUUAAUAAAUAAAAUCCUUGUCCUGCA